UUCUUCUUUUCAUUCGCCUCUGGUCGCCGUGCUGGAUUGUUCCCUCUGUAACAAAAGCCUGAAGCUCAGCUCCGUCUGCAGACACGGCUCCACCAACAGACACUGUAGAUGAACAUUUAUGAAACAUAGACGCGUAGCCGUGUAGCUGCCGCUGCUGCUGCUGCUGCUGCUGCUGCUGCUGCUGCUGCUCUCCGGACGGUGCCCCGCAGGCGGCUUCGGGUUGCAUGGUGGUGCUUCGGCUGCUUCAGCGGCUCAACAAAUGCAGAAAAGGGAAAAAAGUUUCGGUAUACAAAUGCUCUCCGUCCAGCCGGACACCAAGCCUAAAGGCUGUGCCGGCUGCAACAGGAAGAUCAAGGAUCGGUACCUGCUGAAGGCCCUGGACAAGUACUGGCACGAGGACUGCCUCAAGUGUGCCUGCUGCGACUGCCGUCUGGGGGAGGUGGGCUCCACGCUCUACACCAAAGCCAAUCUCAUCCUGUGUCGGAGAGACUACCUACGGUUGUUCGGCGUCACAGGAAACUGCGCCGCCUGCAGCAAACUCAUCCCAGCCUUCGAGAUGGUCAUGAGGGCCAAGGAGAACGUCUACCACCUGGACUGCUUCGCGUGUCAGCUCUGCAAUCAGAGGUUCUGUGUGGGGGACAAGUUUUUCCUGAAGAACAACAUGAUCCUGUGUCAGACGGACUACGAGGAGGGGCUGAUGAAGGAGGGCUACGCCCCCCAGGUUCGCUGACCCUCGCACUUCAGGUGCGGAGGCGGACGGCGCGGGGAGGAGACGAGGAGAGGGAGCGGGAGAAAUAGAGCAACCGAAGGAGAGCUUGCAAUCACACAACAAAAAGCACUAUAGCCUCCUGUCCACACCCCUCGACUCCCCCCCACCCCCCACCGUCCAUGUGUAAAUAACUAAACAAGUCUCCCUGCAUCGGGGGAGGGAAACAUUCUGCUGUACAAAAUAGCCAUAGUGACUCUGUCUUGGCAGGAAGCAAACAAAACAACAACAACAACAAAAACAACAGCAACAACAAAAACAA